AAGAUCAUUUGCUGUUAAUUAUCAAUGUGCAAACAUCAGAGUAAAAAAGAUCAUUUUCUAAUUUGCCUGAUAAUUUAGAGAGCUGUUUCCUCAUUACAAAUUUAACAUGUACUUGACAUUGUUUUACUUGAAUUUGAUAGAUCUAAAAGCAGAUAAAGAGGACACAAAGCACAACGUUGCAAAAGGGAAAAAACGCAAGGCUGACUCUGGCACUGAGAAGGAAAAUGCAUCUGUUGAGAAACUCAUCAAGAUUCAAAUUCCAUCCACUUUGAAAAAGCACCUUGUUGAUGAUUGGGAAUUUGUCACUCAACAAAAUAAGCUUGUACAUUUACCCCGAUCACCCAAUGUUGAUGAUAUACUGACAAAAUACCUUGAAUACAGAGCAGAAAAGGAUGGCAUGUAAGUGUCUUGUGUAUCUUAGAACAUCCUAUAUUCACUGCUUUAAUAAAAUUGAUUGAUUUGUUUGUAGUUUGAUUUGGUAAGAGCACCUUUUCUAGCUAGCCCUGUCCCAGCAAGUGAUGGUCUGUCUACUCAUCAACCAAAAAAGAAAUUUCUCUGAUAUGUUUACUAAACAUAAGGAGCACUCUAUAUAGAAAUUUAAUUUUUACCCUAGAGCAAGGGUAUUGGAGGCAAAUAGUGCAUUAUUCUUUUUCCUCUAAAAAAGUUGGAAUAGGCAGUUCAAACUCUGAUUUGUCUUUUAUGGUCAAUGGAUAGCCAACUUUUAAACCUCUA